GGCGGAGUGUGUGCGUGAGCGGCGCUUCUCGCUGGCGCUCUCGGAGCGGGAUUAAACACACACAGCGCGGCGAGGAAGAGCGGAGCGGCCGCCCUGCCCUGCACUGCACUGAGUUUCCUAGAGAGUGAAGACAACCAGACAGAUCUGCAAGACUGGAUUAGCCCUCAACCUCAAGCUAUGGACAUUUGAGACAUCUGUAUCUCCACCCCUUUCCCUCACUCGUCCAGUGGGACCAGUGACCAGUGGAUGGUGUUCUUCCCGUUCAGGGAGCAGUGAGGUUCCCUCCACGCCCUCAUCUGCCUGGACACAAGCACUUCCCCUCCAGACCCCUCCUCUACCUCUCCUCUUUUCUCACACAGUGGCCUGAGAGAGAGAAAAGCAGCAGAAAUGAGUUCCCACAGUCACCCAGAUGGCCUUCCAAGCAAAGAGCAGCCGCUGGAACUUCUGAAGCCAUCUGGACUCAACCAUAUUCCCACCGUUGAUGUGAGUGCAGCUCUGCCCAUUCCUGUGCCUCCGGCUGCCAUCCCGAUGGACCUGCGUGUGGACCAGCAGCAGCAGCACAUGUCGAGGGCGUCAGUGGAUACUGGUCAGUGUGAGCAGCAGCUGCAGCAGGAGCUUCUGGCCCUCAAACAGAAGCAGCAGGUUCAGCGGCAGCUGCUGAUCGCAGAGUUCCAGAGACAACACGAGCAGCUCUCGCGCCAGCAUGAGGCCCAGCUGCAGGAGCACAUCAAGCACCAGCAGGAGCUCCUGGCUCUGAAGCAUCAGCAGGAGCUGCUGGAGCACCAGAGGAAGUUGGAGCGGCACCGUCGUGAGCAGGAGCUGGAGAAGCAGCAGCGUGAGCAGAAACUACAGCAACUUAAGAACAAGGAGCGCGGCCAGGAGAGUGCAGUGGCCAGUACGGAGGUGAAGAUGCGUCUGCAGGAGUUUGUUCUGAAUAAGAAGAAGGCGCUGGCCCAGAGGAGCCUCAACCACUGCCUGCCCAGUGACCCUCGCUACUGGUACGGGAAAACCCAGCACAGUUCACUGGACCAGAGUUCUCCCCCUCAGACAGGGAUUUCCACCUAUAACCACCCGGUGCUGGGCCUCUACGACUCCAAAAACGACUUCCCGCUCCGCAAGACAGCUUCUGAGCCAAACUUGAAGCUGCGCUCCAGACUGAAGCAGAAGGUGACGGAGCGGCGGAGCAGCCCACUGCUGCGGAGGAGGGACGGCCCCAUCGCCACAGCCAAGAAACGCUCACUAGACAUGGCAGAAUCGGCCUGUAACAGUGCCCCUGGGUCAGGUCCGAGCUCGCCCAACAACAGCUCCAAUAACAUCACUAACGAGAACGGCAUCACUGGCUCCAUCUCCAACAGCUCAGUGGAGCCAUCUCUGGCACACCGGCUAGCUGGCAGAGAGGGUCCUAUUAGCCAGCUGUCUCUGUACACAUCACCCUCCCUCCCCAACAUCACUCUGGGUCUGCCAGCAACCGGCUCCUCCAGCGUGGCAUCUGGUCAGCAGGAAGGCGAGCGGCUGGCGAUGGCAGGCCUGCAGCCUGGAUUACCCAUAACCACUCCCUUCAUCACCGGAGCCCACCUUCCUUCGUACCUGGCCACCUCCGCACUAGAUCGGGAGGGAGGCUCCGCCCACAACCCGCUGCUGCAGCACAUGGCCCUGCUGGAGCAGUCGGCCUCCCAGAAUCCUCUGGUGUCAGGUCUGAGUGCUUUGCCCCUACAGUCCCCCUCCAUCCAUAAACUGCGUCAGCACCGGCCGCUGGGCCGGACGCAGUCAGCGCCGCUGCCUCAGAAUGCCCAGGCCCUGCAGCAGCUCGUGGUCCAGCAGCAGCACCAGCAGUUCCUGGAGAAACACAAACAGCAGUUCCAGCAGCAGCAGCUUCAUAUGAGCAAGAUGAUGGCUAAGCCCAGUGAACCAAGCCGGCAGCACGAGAGUCACCCGGAAGAGACGGAGGAGGAGCUGAGAGAGCACCAGGCCAUAAUUGACCCGGCCGAGGGUCUGCCCCGAGGGGUCACCAUCAAACAAGAGCCACCUGACGAACUGGAGGAGGAGCUACAGCAGAGAGAGAGGCAGGCUGAGCAAGAACUGCUCUUCAGACAGCAGGCUCUCCUGUUGGAGCAACAGAGGAUCCAUCAGCUGAGAAACUAUCAGGCGUCGAUGGAGGCUGCUGGCCUGUCUGUCACAUUCCCUGGACAUCGCCCCCUGUCCAGAGCGCAGUCGUCCCCGGCCUCGGCCACCUUCCCUAUCGUGGUGCAGGAACCGCCGGCUAAACCACGGUUUACCACUGGGCUGGUGUAUGACACUCUAAUGCAGAAGCACCAGUGUAUGUGUGGUAACACCAACACCCACCCGGAGCACGCAGGCCGCAUCCAGAGCAUCUGGUCCAGACUGCAGGAGACCGGACUGCGCGGCAAGUGUGAGUGUAUCCGGGGCAGGAAGGCCACAUUGGAGGAGCUGCAGACGGUCCACUCUGAAGCCCAUGUACUGCUCUACGGAACCAACCCACUGAGACCGAAACUAGACAGUUCUGUGACACCCAUGUUUGUGAGGUUACCCUGUGGUGGUAUUGGGGUGGACAGUGACACUAUCUGGAACGAGGUCCACUCGUCCAGUGCGGCUCGCCUGGCUGUUGGCUCUGUGGUGGAAUUGGUGUUUAAAGUGGCGUCUGGAGAGUUAAAGAACGGCUUUGCUGUGGUGCGGCCUCCAGGACACCAUGCUGAGGAGAGCACCCCCAUGGGCUUCUGCUAUUUCAACUCUGUGGCCAUUGCAGCCAAGCUCCUCCAGCAGCGACUGAACGUCAGCAAGAUCCUCAUAGUGGACUGGGAUGUUCACCAUGGCAACGGGACCCAACAGGCUUUCUACAGCGACCCCAACAUCUUAUACCUUUCUCUUCAUCGCUAUGACGACGGCAACUUCUUCCCUGGCAGUGGAGCUCCUGAUGAGGUGGGCUCGGGACCUGGCUUGGGCUUCAAUGUGAACAUGGCCUUCACCGGUGGCCUGGAUCCUCCCAUGGGUGAUGCAGAAUAUCUGGCAGCCUUCAGGACAGUGGUGAUGCCCAUCGCUAAUGAGUUUGCUCCAGACGUAGUGUUGGUUUCGUCGGGAUUUGACGCUGUGGAGGGCCAUCCGUCGCCACUGGGGGGAUACAAACUCACGGCCAAGUGUUUUGGCUACCUGACCAAGCAGCUGAUGGGUCUGGCCGGCGGCCGCCUGGUGCUCGCCCUGGAGGGGGGUCACGACCUCACUGCCAUUUGCGAUGCGUCUGAAGCAUGUGUUUCUGCUUUGCUAGGAAACGAGCUGGAGCCCCUUGCUGAUGAGGUUCUUCAGCAGAGACCCAAUCUCAAUGCUGUGCGCUCCAUAGAGAAGGUUAUUGAAGCCCAUAGUAAGUACUGGCGCUGUCUGCAGCGCAGUGCCUCAACGCUGGGCUACUCACUCGUUGAAGCUCAGAAGUGUGAGACAGAGGAGGCAGAGACUGUGACUGCCAUGGCCUCUCUGUCUGUAGCUGCCAAACACAUGGGGAAGAGGUCUGAAGAGGAGCCGAUGGAGGAGGAGCCACCGUUGUAGAAGCAGUCGUCCGAUGACCUCGGUGACCUCCUUGGCUCACAGCCUCUCACUGGUGUGUGACCUCACUCUGCCCUCUCCAUCCGUUUCAUUUUUGGCUGCGCCUGGCUCCACGGCCUCGCAGCUCCACUCGCGGGGCUCUGAGCGCGUUUUCAGCUUGGGAAGCGAAACGGACCGAAGACAUCUCCAAAACACUCAGAGUGCACCAGUCUGGAACACCUCCGCCGUUUUUAGUCCGUCUCUGUCCAGCUUGGGGUAUGUCCAGGUCUCCCGCUUGUCUGUCCUUCAUGGACACCUGCUUUCAAACGGGACAUGGACUCACGUCCCACUGGUAGAUGUGAGAGCUGGUGCUUUAAAAGAAAAACUCUUCUUUUCAUGGCCACUAAUGUCCGCAUGGUUCCAGCUGUGGACUUCGUCAUGGCUGUGUCCUUUUUUUCUGCUUUUAUUUUUUGUCUCUUCAUUUGUUUGUUUGUUUGUUUGUUUGUUUCGUCUUUUUCUUGAGGGGGAGGAAAAAGUGACUGAUGCUGUUUCAUUCCGAAUUGCGACGUUUUGGAAAGUUACUGCUACGUGCUUGCGAGGUAGUUGAGGCUGGAGGCAUGGCCAGGGUGGGUGGGAGGGAGUGAGUGAGGGAAUUUUUGGAGGACGUGUGCAAGAUGGCUGGUGAAGCAGCCCUUCUGGAACCCCUCUAACACACAAGAGAGAGACACCGAGAGAUUGUGCCUUUUUUUUUUAAGAGCUGGUGGAUAAGUGAUGACUUGAGAAGAACAUUGCCUUAAACUUGUUACAUAAGGGGAAGGCCAUCGGGUCCCUCGGCCCCCCUCCUUCUUUUUUUCCGGGAGUGGAAUGGUUGAAGGCCCGAAGGACAGAAAGCCCUUUGCAUGUUUACCAGGAAUGCCCUGCAGACUUCUGUGUGUCUUGCACACAUUAUCAUCAUUUUAUUGUCAUUUUUUUAAUUUUGUUGUUUCCUUUUCAGUUUUUCAAUACUUGCUUUGGACUUUGCAUAACUUCAGGAUCUUUCGCUUAUAAAUAACUUGUAAGGUAGUUGCCAGCUGUACACAGGCAAACAUUGUUGGAGCAGUUUUCAGUUGAAUUCUGCAGUGCUUUUGAGAGCAAGUGCAGCCCAAUGUAGCUACUUGUUCAAACUCUAUGACCAAAUCUCCAUUAUCGCCUCCGUUAGCUAGCAUGCACUGUUACUCGACACCUUUCCUUGGACCAGUUUGAAUGCUGUAGUAGUAGAAGAAAAAUAAACACUGAAAGCAUGAGAUUUAACCAGUAGUUCGGUGCCACUAGCCACAGGCAAAUAAGGUAGGACCGUUCAGAUGUUUUCUUCUUGCAGAACUUUGUGAUUGAAUAAUUGAACUAUUUAUGUAUUUUCAUGUAUAUCUCACCUCACUUGUUAGACUUUUUAUAGUUAUGAAUGUCAGUGCUCAGAUUAAGUGACUAUUAAGGGCACUAGUUAAUCACCAAUAAUAUCCUUCUCAGCAUAUGGUCAGUUUUUUUUUUUUUAAUGGCAUCUUUGAAAUAUGAAGACAAGGGCUGGAAAUCAGUUUUAAAAUAUACCAUUGAGCCUUCUGAUGUGCCAGCAGGUGAGAUUCAGUGCUGGUGUUCAGCUUCAUGUUUCCUGCCAUUGAGUCCCUGCACUAGCAGCACUGCAGUGGACCGUUUUUUCACUACUGGCAGGUGCUACUGUCUCUGUGUGCGUGCAUUUUUGUGUGUUUUUGAGUGACUGCGUGUGUGUAUGUGUGCGUGUCAGUCCAGGAAAUAAUCGGACCACCAGCCUGCACCCAGACAAUAAUGGCAAAAACCUCCCCGAGAAGGCUGUGACACUCCACCGAUCUGCACGAGUCUCUCUAGCUGAGCACGUAGGUUUUGGAGCAGCACAUGUAUGCAUCUUAAUGACCCGUUAACCUGUAUAUACACAAGCAUGCUCGCUGAUGGCGUCAUUCACCUUGCCACUGAUCUGAUGUGGACUGAUCUUAGAUGGUCUUACUUGUUUGAAAACCCCAACUCAUGUUCAGCCUCUUGGCAACUACCUUUGACAUUGUUGACACGAACUUUUGAUUAUUUCUUGUAUAUUACCAUAAGUGAGAUGGGAGAAGUGCAUAUUAAGGAAUUAGGCAUGAGUUGCUGUUGCGAUUGUUCUUACUGUCUUUUCUGGUAUACCCAUGCCUCACAUGACUACUCCAUUCUGAGUUAUUUGCCAGUUAUUUUCCUCUCUGUACUUUCCUUAUUUUCUCCUUUUGUCUUGAACUUUUUAUACUGAUUCUUUUCUGUUUUUGAUUUUGGUUGUUUCCCUGUUACACUCUGUACAGUUGACAAUGUUGUUUUACAUGCUUAAAGUUCUUAAGACCAUAGUUCUUCUCUUAGAGAGCAGCCUUUUACACACACUCUGGGGUUCUGUGGUUUUCUUGGGAGGGUGAAAUUGAGAUGUUUCUACUUUGUAUAAUGAUUCCAACAAUUGUGUAUUUACUAUAUGUUCUGUUCAUAGUAGAUUUAUAUAUGAGAAAAAAAAUCUAUAGAUAUAUAUUAUAAAAGAUUACAAUCACAUUUGAAAAAACUUUGGAAGUGCAAGGUGAUGAAAUGCUCAUAUAUCCGCUCUGGCUGUGUCUAGUGCAGGGCUCGCUGAAGUCUCUGUUCUCUCCUCAUGGCUGCCAUUGGUUUAGAGCCGCAAACCGUAGCACUACACUGGUUCUGAAAUCACACGCUCACCGGGCGCUUCAUCGUACAGUCGUAUCAACAGGCAAACCUACUGAAAACACGACUUUACCGGCUUGCUCAGUGACUGUGCUGGCAGGCAAGUUUGUUAGAAGAGACCAAAUAAAUGGAUUGACAUGGUUAAUUGUCGAUUUGAGACGUCCAAAUUCUCAUGAGUGCCAGUUGCAGGUGUUUGCUGCCUUUCCCCUCUACGGAGCCGAAUGUAGACCAAGUCGGCACUUUUAAAAACGUUUGAUUUUUUUAACCUUGUCAUACUGUAGCAUGUUAAUACUAUUACUGAAGCACCGUGAGCUGCAUUUGUAAGUGUGGAAGGUGCUAUACAAAGAAACAUUAUCAUUAUUAUUAUUGUUAUGAUUAUUUUAUUUUUAUUAUUAUUAAAUUUAUUAUUACAAAAAACAUACAGUAGUUAUCAAAUUUCCGUUGUGCUACUGAAUGGUGGGCGCAAGUAAAUGUACAUUUUGGUAAAUCCAAGCAUAUUUCAGUGAUGUAAAGUGUUGCUGAAGCAUUGCACAGUGUACUCAGUGUUAUGGAGAAGGAGGCCAUAGUGGUAACAGUGCAGCAGCGACUGACUUGCCAACCAGAGCUCACAGAUCACUUUGCAGUAACAGUCUGAACAAUGGCAGCCUGUUUCUCACUUUCUUUCUUCCUCAAAGGGACUUCUCUAUCUGGUUUAUCCACCCCGGAUCCAGAUAGCCACUUUCAUGUUUUAAAAAAAAAUGAAAAAAAGAAACAAAAAAACGGCAAACAUUCCAUUUAUUUUAUUCCCAUUUAUUUGAACAUCUGUCAUUCCUGCUAAUUUGCCAUUAAGCCCGGGCCUAGCUCUGUUUAUUUGAAGGCCUGGGUGGAUUUUUUCUGUACCGUUCUCUUCGCUCCACCCCUGUCGUUUUUUCUGCAUGUUUGUGUGUCGGCAUGCCUGUCUGUCCUUGUAACAUAUUUGCACAACCGAUGAGCACUGGAGGACGAGACUUUUCCAGCAUUGUAGAGCGCUCGGGAACGCGACUGCUUUCUCUUCUCUUCUGUGGUCAGGAAGCAGCGGAAAGAACGAUGCUCCUCGCGUCCGACAGAUGUGCUUUUUACUUGUAAAGAAAAAAAGAAAUGAAAACAGAAAAGAGAAAACGAUUUCAAAACAUUUGAAUAUUUUACAAAACAAAACAAAAAAACUAUAGCACUUGUGACAUACAGACAACAGAUUUUAUUGUAUUUAUGUAGAACAUUGUUUUAGGUGAACUACACACUACAUAUUAGACUGCCUGUGUGAUAUAUCUUUUUUUUUCUUCUUCCUUUGGAUGUAUUUUUGGGUUGAGUGGAGAGCAUCUGGAGUCAUCAAAGGGCUUUUUCCCAGAUGUUUGACAGGUAUAUCAUCCUCAGCCUGUCCUUCCCUUUACAGCCAGUAAUAUAUCUAUGACCACUGUGGCUCGAGAGCAGGUCUAGGUUUACAGACGUAAGAAAUGCAUAUUAUUUUUGUCACUCUGUUUUUUUAUUAUUUUUGUUUUCCAUUGUUACAGUAGAACUUUUCUUGGGACCUUUACUUUAACAUUUGUCUUCGACAUCAACUAUAAAGUAUCUUGUUUUGGAAAACAGCAA